AUGCGCUACGUGCUCACCUUCCUGCGCCUGUGCCUGCUGCGCGCCGUCGCCUGCAAGCGCAUCGUCGUCGUGGGCGGCACGCACGGCAACGAGUACACGGGCGUGUACCUCGUCAAGGCGCUGCUCGCCACGCCGGCGCUGGACAACGUCGAGCCCUUCCUGGCGAACACGCGGGCCAUCGCGCUGAACCGGCGCUUCUGCGACGAGGACCUGAACCGGUGCUUUUCGCGGGCGCGGCUCGACACUCCCAGAGACACCGUCGAGGCCGCGCGCGCGGCGGAGAUCGACGCGGCGCUCGGGCCCAAGGGGUCGCCCGCCGCCGCGGACCUCGUCGUCGACCUCCACACGACGACGGCGAACAUGGGCACGACGAUCAUCGUCGACGCGUGGUGCCCCUUCGCGCUGCGCUGCGCGGCCUACGUCCAGGCGCGGCUCGCCGGCGUGCGCAUCCUCUUCAACGACAUCCGCGACAAGGCCGCGUCGCCCUACCUCGCGUCCGUCGGCGCCGACGCGCUCCAGAUCGAGGUCGGCCCGACGCCCCAGGGCCUCGUGCGCGCGGACGUCGUCGCGGCGACGCGCGCGGCGCUCGAGGCCGUCGUCGAGUUCGCGACCCUCGACGGCGACGACGUCGCGCUGCCGGAGACCGUGAUGGCGUUCUCCACGGCCGGGUCGCACGCGAAGCUCGCGUGGCCCGUCGACGCCGACGGCUUCCCGACGGCCGUCGUCCACGAGGCGCUCCAGGACCGCGACUGGGCGCCCCUCGCCGCGGGCGACGGCCUCUUCCGGACCUUCGACGGGGCCGAGGUGCCCUACGACGGGAGCCUCGGCGACCCGGUCUACCCCAUCUUCAUCAACGAGGCGGGCUACUACUACGCGUCCAGCGGCCGCGGCAUCGGCCUCGCGAAGAAGCUCACGCUCCGCGUGCCCCGGCGCGGCGCCGCGGCCUGCGAGGCCGCCGACUAA